GAGGUGGUGGGAGCUGAAUGGGGUGUGGGCUCAUUUCUAUUCGUCCACAGGCACCUCUGCAAUCUUCUUUUCUUGUUUUUAAUUUCCCCUCUGGAUAUAACUCGAAGAAGUAGUGUCCGUCAAGUUUGCUGCCACCUGGGCUUAACCCAGCUGAGUCAACUUUGGAGGAUACCCUUGCUGCAACCCUCUGGAUGUGCUCCUAGAAGGAGAAGAAGCUAAAGCAAUCUGGCAUCAUUGCUAUAGUCUGAGGAAAAACAUUUCUUUUGACUUUGGAGAGAGCUACCAGGAGGAUCUGUGUGAUGUCUUAAUCUCCCCCACUGGCCCUGCUGAGCAUGGGGUAAUGGUAUUUCACCAUGGUGGUCACCCAGUUACAACUGGAACUGUGCUUUCAUGGCAAGAAGCUGAGAGGUUUCACCUGCAAGUUGACCAGGUCAGCCAGUGGAUUUCUCCCAGAGACUUCAUUCUCCAUUGCCUCCCAGAUUUUCGUGCCGUUCCUUCUGGCUGGUUUGGGCAUGGUAGCUGCUGGCCUCUUGAUGGAUGUUGUUCAACACUGGGAAGUGUUUCGGACAAUUACAGAAGUUUUUAUCCUGGUUCCUGCCCUGGUUGGCCUGAAGGGUAAUCUUGAGAUGACGCUGGCAUCCAGGCUCUCUACUGCUGCUAACACUGGACAGAUGGAUGAUGCCCAGAAGCAAUGGAAAAUGGCUACCUGCAAUUUAGCCCUUAUCCAGGUCCAGGCCACCGUGGUGGGACUCUUGGCUGCUGUUGCUGCUGUGAUCCUGGGAGCCAUCUCCAAGGGCUCUGUGGAGCUGAGCCAGGCUGCCGUGCUGUGUGCCAGCAGCGUCACCACAGCCUUCAUAGCUGCACUGUCUCUUGGUCUGGUGAUGAUUGGUGUGAUCAUCGGAGCAAGGAAAGUUGGGAUCAAUCCAGACAAUGUCGCCACACCCAUAGCAGCAAGCCUUGGAGACUUGAUAACCCUUUCCCUGCUGGCGGGAAUCAGCAGUACACUCUUCAAAUACAUAGAUAUGAAAUACCUUUCUCCUCUGAUCUGUGCUGUCUUCAUUGUCAUGAUCCCUCUCUGGGUUGCUAUUGCCAAGCAAAGUCCUUCCCUUGCUGAAGUCCUGAAAUCUGGAUGGCAGCCGGUCAUUGUUGCAAUGAGCAUCAGCAGCAUUGGUGGGCUCAUCUUGGACAAAACUGUAACUGACCCAAACUUUGAAGGCAUGGCAGUUUUCACACCUGUGAUUAAUGGUGUUGGGGGGAAUCUGGUCGCCAUCCAGGCCAGCCGUAUAUCCACAUUCCUUCACUUCUGGAGCAUGCCUGGAGUUUUGCCAUACAAGAUGAGGCAGAACUGGCCCAACCCAUGCACCACAUUCUUCUCAUCAGAGGUGAAUUCCAAGUCAGCCCGAGUCCUGUUCCUCCUGGUUAUCCCAGGGCACCUCGUGUUCCUCUACACCAUCCACCUGCUGCAGGGAGGCCACACGUCUCUGUCCUUCACCUUUGUGAUGCUCUAUCUGAGUGCUGCUUUGCUGCAGGUGGGAAUCCUGCUCUACGUGGCUGACCUAAUUGUGCGCCUGAUGUGGAGGAAGGCGCUGGAUCCAGAUAAUUUCUCCAUCCCCUACCUCACUGCCCUGGGGGAUCUCCUGGGCACCGGAUUCCUGGCCAUCUGUUUCCGCCUGGUUUGGCUCGUCCAUGGCACGGACAUGAACCUGGGGAACUGA